UGUGUAUGGUCAGCUGACUUAGUCAGGUGGUGUGUAACAGCUGGGAAUCUGAUUUCUGAGACAGCUUCUCGCUCUCCACUUCCGACAUGGGUUCUUUUAACGAACUGUACUUCAAUGUGGACAAUGGCUAUCUGGAGGGGCUAGUGAGAGGUUUUAAGGCCGGCAUCUUGUCGCAGGGUGAUUACCUGAACUUGGUGCAAUGCGAGACACUUGAAGAUCUAAAGCUUCACCUCCAGAGCACAGACUAUGGCAAUUUCCUGGCAAAUGAGGCCUCCCCACUCACUGUGUCAGUGAUUGAUGACAAGUUGAAGGAGAAGAUGGUGGUUGAAUUUAGGCAUAUGAGGAACCAUGCAUAUGAACCCCUGGGCAGCUUUCUUGAUUUCAUCACGUACAGCUACAUGAUAGACAAUGUCAUUCUCCUGAUUACUGGAACAUUACACCAGCGCUCCAUUUCUGAGUUAGUUCCAAAGUGCCAUCCCUUAGGUAGCUUUGAGCAGAUGGAAGCAGUCAAUAUUGCCCAGACACCAGCAGAACUUUACAAUGCCAUCUUGGUUGAUACACCUUUAGCUGCAUUUUUCCAGGACUGUAUAUCUGAGCAGGACCUUGAUGAAAUGAACAUUGAAAUUAUUCGUAAUACACUGUACAAGGCCUAUCUUGAAUCAUUUUACAAGUUUUGCAAGACAUUGGGAGGUACAACUGCUGAUGCAAUGUGUCCUAUUUUGGAGUUUGAAGCAGACAGGCGAGCUUUCAUCAUCACCAUAAACUCUUUUGGGACAGAGCUGUCUAAAGAAGACCGAGCAAAGCUCUUCCCCCAUUGUGGAAAAUUAUAUCCAGAAGGUCUUGCUCAGUUAGCAAGAGCAGAUGAUUAUGAACAGGUGAAGACUGUGGCAGACUAUUAUCCAGAAUACAAAUUACUGUUUGAAGGCGCUGGCAGCAAUCCUGGAGAUAAAACCCUUGAGGAUAGAUUUUUUGAACAUGAGGUUAAACUGAACAAGUUGGCAUUCCUUAACCAGUUCCACUUUGGGGUGUUUUAUGCAUACGUGAAGCUUAAAGAACAGGAAUGCAGGAACAUUGUAUGGAUUGCAGAGUGUAUUGCACAAAGGCACCGAGCCAAGAUUGAUAAUUAUAUUCCAAUUUUCUGAAUUCAGUUUUCCCUUCUGCUCCAAUACAUGAAAUACUAAUUGCAUUUCAUCUCUACUGUUUCUAGUUGGAAUACUUUCAUUUGUAAAGUGUACAUUAAAUUUCCUGCAUAUAUUCCACUCAUUUUUUUUUUUAAAAAGGCUUUGCUGAUACUUAUCUGUUUCUCCUUGAAAUAAGUCUUAACGCAAACUAAAUCCUGAUCCUAAUUUGUAAUCUGUGAAGCAUUGGCAAGUUGAUGUACUAUAUUCAUGAACAUUGCUGUUACCUUUGUUUAAUGGUAUUUUGAAAAACUAAUUUUCCUAAAAUUGUGGAAAAUUAGCUUUACAACUUUAUAUUUUUGGCAAGAUUGCAAAUGUCAAUGCUUUAACAUCGCUAAUGGAGUAAUUGCAACGUAAAAUCAAGGCGAGAGGAAAGUUGGCAUUGUAUUUUCUUCAAAUGUUUGAAUGCCUUCAUAAUUUUUUUGUGAUCAGUGGUAGUUUCUCAAGUGUAAUGUUUAAUUUCAGAAGAUGCUGUAAACAGCAUUGAGUAGCUAAAAAUUAUUUAUGUUGAAGCAUAGUAUAUGAAGUAAUUAUUAUCUCAGAUGUCCCUGGAAGAGUCACUUCUGCAUGAGGUAAAUGUAGUAUUACUCCAGCACUCAUCAUAAACUUGUUUACGUUCGAGAGAAUUAGCUGGCUAGGCACAUGUUCACAAACAGUUUUGCUUAUGUUGAAGCAUCAAGUGCAAAUUUUGAAAUAAAUUCAUGACUAUGGACCUAGAAGUAAAGUAUUUCUGUGUAAUUUGGUAAUUCAUGUGCAGUGCGUAGAAAGUUCUUGAAUUUUGUGUAAUAAUUAGGAUGUAAUGCUGAAUAACUUCUGAUUUGAAAUUUAAACAAAAAUCCUGUGACUUGUUGACUGCUGUAUAUUGUAUUUGUGAUCAAGUCCUUUAAUAAAAUGAUGGCUGCUCCCUUGCAGAUAUCCAAUUAAAAUUAA